AUGUCGAAACAACGAUUAUUAAUUCUAAGUCUCUUCGUUGUUUGUUUAUCUGCUAUUAUUGGCUAUCUUGAUUCGAUAAAAACUCGUUUCUAUAUAUUCGAUCCUGAACAACUUCAUACACUUGCUCAACGUGCACUUAUUGCUAAUGGUCAUUUGAAAAAUAUUGAUGGUAAAUUAAUACCAAUACCUCAAGAAAAUGCUAAUACAACACGACCUGUUAUUGACUAUAUUGUAGCUGAAUUACGAAAAACUAUUGAUACACGAUAUUUAACAAAUGAAGAAGAAUGGAUAUUUAAUAAUGCUGGAGGUGCAAUGGGUGCUAUGUUUAUUAUACAUGCAUCAUUUACAGAAUAUUUAAUUAUAUUUGGAACACCUCUUGGUACAGAAGGUCAUACUGGUUUACAUACAGCUGAUGAUUAUUUUCAUAUAUUAUAUGGUGAACAAUGGGCAUUCUCAGCUGGUUCAUUAGAUAAAGAAAUCUAUCAAGCUGGUAGUGUUCAUUAUUUACCAAAAGGUACUUCGAAACAAUUUAAAAUGCAUAAAGGAUGUUGGGCACUUGAAUAUGCACGUGGAUGGAUACCACCAAUGAUGCCAUUUGGUUUAGCUGAUACAUUAACAUCGACUUUGGAUUUUAAGACAUUUUAUCAUACAAUUCGUAUUUCUGGACGUGAAAUGAUUAGAAAUUUAUUACAAGGAAAAAUUUAA